AAACCCGUGGCUUUGGAUGUCAUGGUUUGGGUGUGCUGAAUGAUGUCACUAGAAGAAGAAGGGUGCCAAGGCUAGCUCUGACUCCGACUCCGACUCCGACUCCGAUGCCUCCUCCAAUGCUGCUGCCUCUGAUAGCGAAUCAGAUGGCGAAUCCGAGAGCGAAGCCGCCGUCGCCGAGACGAAGCCUACCAUGGAGGAAGUCCCUGCCGACGUCCCUGCUGACGAGAUCCUUCUGAAGCAACGCCGCCUCAGCAACGCCGCGUCUGAACAUAGCGACGCAUCCCACGCCGAGUCCCAACCCAAGAUCGAUCUGAAGAAGUCCAAGAAGUCCAAGAAGACUCCUACUCCAGAUACCGAUGAGGAGUCUGCGCCCAAGACCAAGGCCAAGAAGUCGAAGAAGGCAAAGGUAGACGAGCAAGAGGAGAAGGAAACUUCAAAGACUGAAGCCGAAGCCGAAACCGACACGUCCGACAAGAAGGCAAAGAAGGCUGAGAAGAAGCGGAAGCGUGCCGGCGAUGCUGUCGAGGCUUCCGCGAUCGAGGAACCUUCCGCGAAAAAGGAAAAGAAGAAUAAGAGCAAGAAGGUGGAAGAAGCAGUCUCUGGAGCAGCCGAGGCCGAAAAAUGGCAGGUUGAUGACCUUGAUGGAGGAUCGGCUCGACAGGCAAAGUUCCUCCGCCUCUUGGGUGGCAAGAAGGCCGGAGCUGGCACUGCGCCGGCGACCUCGCAAGCCGCCAAGGGCAAGUCGGAUCCGACCAAGGCCGAAGCAGAGAUCCAGCGACAAUUCGAGAUUGGUAUGAAAAUGAAGAACGAGGGAGGCGGUAAGCGUCGCGGCCUAGGCGCCUAGAGUUCCUUGGUGAGGUAUUCUGGAGAAGGAGCUUUGCUUGAGAUCAACAUUCACACAGUUAGUGGCACGGCGUCAGGUAGACCAAAAGCAAAAGAAACCCCUCGAUUUGAUUUUUUUGAUUUAGCUUUUUUCCCAUCUCGAAAGAGCCCGAUUAUGUUCAUUCCGUUUUGCGCCGGUGUUUCACAAAGUCCAUGAUAUCUAGAA